UAGGGACCGCGCCUAUCUCAACACGAUUGGAAUUAGACCGUUUACGUUAUUUUCUCAAAAGUAUCAUUUUCCUUGUAUACGAACCCAAUAUUUAUUCUCCAAUAUGGCUGUCAGUUAUUUAAGUUAAUAUUGUGGGAUUUCAUUUACUGGUCAUCUUUAGACUUCUAUGUAUGAUUAAUCUUCAUUUACAAAUGUGGAUAUUGACUUUCAACAUUACCUUGUACUUUUUAUCCAUCGAAUUCGUUCGUUCUUUUUGAACUACAUUGUCCAAUGUUUAAUCCUUACUUACAAAUAUCGUUUCAACUAUUUCUCUAUUCCUCUUGUUAAUUUUAUCUCAUCGUGUUGAUAUGAUGUGACGUGGGCUAACGCAGAUCUAUAUCAAGCUGUAAGUUGAUUGUAUCUGAAUGACUAGAUAUUUACUGAUUUCAUAUUUGUAUUGUUUAUCUAGUCAGGUAGAAGCUCAACAAGUAGAUAAUGAAUUAUUCACAGAAUAUGCUUUCUCUGUUGAUCAGCUGAUGGAAUUAGCUGGUCUAAGUUGUGCUGUUGCUAUCAAUAAGGCUUAUCCCCUUAACAAGCUAACUAAAUCCAAUGGUUCUGUACUUGUUUUCUGUGGACCAGGUAACAAUGGUGGAGAUGGUUUAGUUUGUGCUCGACAUUUGAAAAUGUUUGGUUACAAACCUUCUAUACAUUAUCCUCGUAAUCCAACCAAACAAUUGUAUAAAAAUUUGGUUAUUCAGUGUGAAAAAAUGGACAUUCCUUUUCUAUCAGAUUUGACAAAUGAAACAGUUAACUUAUCUCAAUCUUAUGAUCUAUUCAUCGAUGCACUUUUUGGAUUUGGUUUCAAACCUCCUGUAAGUCUAGAAUUCAAAAGUAUAUUACAAAUUAUGUCAACAAGUCAAAUUCCUGUCAUAUCGAUAGAUGUUCCAUCAGGAUGGAAUGUGGAAACUGGACCAUUAGAUAGUGAAACUAAUUUAAAACCGGAUUGUUUAAUAUCAUUAACUGCACCGAAAUUAUGUGCUCACUACUUUCAAGGACAAUAUCAUUUUCUUGGUGGGAGAUUUGUGCCAGACGCACUAAUGAAGAAAUACAAAUUGAAACUACCUACAUAUCCUAGUCAUGAGUUAUGUGUACUACUUAAUUCCUCCGAUGAUAAGUAGUUAGUUAUAUUUGCCAAACUUUUGUAAAUGAAAUUUUGUUAAAAUAUCUUUAUUUGGAAAGAUUCCACUGAAUGUUAAUACUUUAUUUAAGAAUAGCACAACUAACUGAAGUAGCUUUGGUUAACAGACCAUUUUCAUGUGUAUCCACUAUGUCAUCAAAUCUAAUAGGUCUUAUUUUUAUUUCACUUAUAUUUGCUUUGUAUGUGAAUAUAAUACACGUAUCUGUCACGUUUUUAUGAUUUCUAUUUGAAUUAUUAUAUCAAGUCUUUCAAGUAGAUACAAAUCCAGUAUUUCAAUGGAGAUAAGGAAGAAAUCAGAACUUAUUUAUUGUAAGAAUUCAAUGUAUUUGUAGACAAAAUUAUUCGUUGAUUAGUCUUACUUCUUACUAACUGUAACAGAAUAUCUGAAGAUUGAUCUAUAAAUUUGUUGGUUCAUUAUUCAAUUACAGAACCAUUAAAAUUAGAUUUAU